AUGCAGAAAAAUGUGGCUGUAGGGGGGGAAAUUCUAAAUGUGAACAAAACCAACUUGAGGAUUGAAACACCAGAGGAAGGAGUUCCCUCAGAAGAGAAAGGUGAGGACAGCAUCGAAGAAGUAAUCAAACAGACAUCGGAAGAGACUACAGAAUUUACGGAAGAAGGGAAAGAAGUAAAAAAUAAAGCAGCACAUGAACUUUUGAAGAGAACGAAUCAGCACAAUCUGGGGCUUGUGGGAAUAUCAUCACAGGAUGGUGAUAAUGUAAAUGAUAAGAAUGAGGAAGUAAAAGAGGAAGCCGUGGAGUACGGGGGUGAAGAGGAGGUUGUGAAGCACGGGGGUGAAGAGGAGGUGCAGACAUUGGAAGUGGAAGAUGAUGUUGAUGAAGAAGAGGAAGACGAGGAGGACGACGAUGAUGGAGAGGAAGACGAGGAGGACGACGAUGAUGGAGAGGAAGACGAGGAGGACGACGAUGAUGGAGAGGAAGACGAGGAGGACGACGAUGAUGGAGACGGCGAUGAUGGAGAGGGAGAUGAUGGAGAGGGAGAUGAUGGAGAGGGAGAUGAUGGAGAAGGCGAUCAUGACGAUAACGAUGAAGACGAUAACGAUGAAAACGACCGUGAUGACUAA